CGGGUCUGAUUGAGUAUUUCACGGAGCUUUGACACUGGCGGCCAUACUGGUCGAGAAGGAACAUACACCGGCAAAAUGUUAACAGCACGAGUAGCAUCAACUCUGGUGAGACAGCUUCCAAGGGCGACAUCAAAGGUGUGUCGCAAUGUUCUUGGAGCUGGCUCUGUCGCCAGUCGUAACCUCUCUACAGCCAACAAACUUUAUGCAGCAAAGUCGGGUGGCGCUGAGGUUUCUUCAAUAUUGGAAGAGAGAAUAUUAGGUCAAUCAACAACUGCCAACCUUGAAGAAACUGGAAGAGUACUCAGCAUUGGUGAUGGUAUUGCACGUGUGUACGGUCUGAAAAACAUUCAGGCAGAAGAGAUGGUGGAAUUCUCCAGUGGACUGAAGGGUAUGGCCUUGAACUUGGAACCUGACAAUGUUGGUGUUGUAGUGUUUGGUAAUGACAGAUUGAUCAAAGAAGGUGAUGUUGUAAAAAGGACAGGAGCUAUUGUGGAUGUCCCUGUUGGUAUGGAAGUCCUUGGCAGAGUUGUAGAUGCCCUGGGAAAUCCUAUUGAUGGAAAGGGACCACUUGGAUGCAAGGAGCGAGCACGUGUGGGAACCAAGGCCCCGGGUAUUAUUCCCCGUAUCUCUGUGAAGGAGCCCAUGCAGACUGGUAUCAAGGCCGUAGACAGCCUUGUCCCCAUUGGCAGAGGACAACGAGAGCUGAUUUACGGUGACAGACAGACAGGCAAAACUGCCAUUGCGAUUGACACAAUCAUCAACCAGAAGCGAUUCAAUGAUGGCGAUGAUGAGAAGAAGAAGCUGUACUGUAUCUAUGUAGCCAUUGGCCAGAAGAGAUCCACUGUUGCCCAGAUUGUGAAGAGGCUUACAGAUGCUGACGCGAUGAAAUACACAAUUGUUGUGAGUGCAACAGCCUCUGAUGCAGCCCCACUGCAGUACUUGGCACCUUACUCCGGCUGCACCAUGGGAGAAUACUUCAGAGACAAUGGCCGACAUGCUCUCAUCAUCUACGAUGACUUGUCUAAACAGGCCGUAGCCUACCGUCAGAUGUCUCUGUUGUUGAGAAGACCCCCAGGUCGUGAGGCGUACCCUGGAGAUGUAUUCUACCUUCACUCCCGUCUCCUGGAGCGUGCUGCUAAGAUGAAUGAUGCUAAUGGUGGUGGCUCUCUCACUGCCCUCCCUGUCAUUGAGACCCAGGCCGGUGAUGUGUCUGCCUACAUCCCAACCAAUGUGAUCUCCAUCACAGAUGGCCAGAUCUUCUUGGAAACAGAGUUGUUCUACAAGGGUAUCCGCCCUGCCAUCAAUGUCGGUCUCUCUGUCAGCCGUGUAGGAUCUGCUGCCAUGACCAAAGCUAUGAAACAGGUGACAGGUUCCAUGAAGCUAGAAUUGGCUCAGUACAGAGAGGUGGCAGCUUUUGCUCAGUUUGGAUCUGACUUGGACCAGUCAACACAGAACCUUCUGAACCGCGGUGUGCGUCUCACAGAGCUGCUCAAGCAGGGACAGUAUGCUCCUAUGGCCAUUGAGGAGCAGGUAGCGUGUAUUUACGCUGGAGUGAAGGGCCACCUGGACAAGGUUGAGCCAUCCAAGAUCACCCAGGCCGAGGAAGAGCUGAUGGAGCAUAUCAAACUCACACAGCAGGACCUGCUCGCCGACAUUCGCACCAAGAACUUGAUAAGCGACGAGAGCGAUGCCAAGCUUAAGGAGGUCAUCUCCAGUUUCAUGGCCAGCUGGAGUGCCUGAUCCCCAUCUGUACCAUAGUCACAUGCUUAACAUUCUAGUUGUUAACAAUUAAUAUCACUGGGUUACACAACUCCUGUAGAUCAAAUGUGCUACUAGGUUUUAUCUUCUGACUGUACAAGGUGUUAUUUGUAGAUUGAUAUCUAAAUGUGUUGAAUUUGAAGUGUGAUAAUAGACAGCAGCUGUGUACAUUACGACUAGUGCUCUCAACAUCUGGACACAUGUGGAACCAGUAAACAAAGUUAAAAAUUAGGUAUAUUUAUUGAAUGAAAAUUAACGACAGCCAUUGCAUUAAUGUAUGUGCUGUAUUGUUUGCGGAUGUUUAUAUUGAAAUAAAAAAGGAUCCAAAUUUUGUUUUGACUUUGGGUACUAAACCAG